AAAAUUUCAAUCAAUUUAUUUUAUUUUAAUGGUACAUCUCUUUAACAUUUGCAUUUGUACAAUCUUUGUACUUUGUCUUUUAACAAUGAACAUCUUUUGAAACCAUUUAAUAAUUAUCGACUACUCGUUGAUUCAUACGUCAUCUUACUUGCAGGAUACAAAAAACGAUGUAAUGGAUUCCAGAGUCUGGUUGCAACUCUCCUGGACAGACAGCAGGCUUGCUUGGAACGAAACUGAAUUUCUUGUUUUGGUUUUGCGCGUUCCAGCAGACAAAUUGUGGAAACCUGACAUUUUCCUUUAUAAUGGAGCCAAGCCUAGUAUGAGCUGCUACGCGGCCAAUGCACUGCUUUAUCCCACCGGGAAGAUUUGGUGGGAGCCGGCUUGUCGACUUCAAACCUACUGCAACCUCACACUAACAAAUGCACCCUAUGAGGAGCAGACGUGCACCAUGAGGUUCGGUAGCAGAACGUUCGACGGGGCCACCAUGGGUCUAGAACUAUGGAAGGAGGGCAAUGGUACACUAGCUGACGUGUCAUACUUUGUCAACCAGAAAUAUAAAAUCACCAAGAAUGAGGCGAUAAAAGAAGAGAUUCUACGAGAGCUAUUUGGAGCCAUGUCACACCGUUCGCUUCACGUUAGGAUUUCAACGAAAGAUCAACGGAGGCGAGACCUGUGCGAAAAGUUGAAAAAAGAAACCGGAUUAAAAAUUUUGCUAUACAAUUUCUUGUAUUCAGAUACAGUAACUACAAAUUUAAAUUACAGGAAUAAAUAA